CGGGUCGCGACUUCCACUCGACGCGUUCCCGCAGUCCACCCCACAACGUCAACACCCCACCAAUCCAGCCCGCCCCUUCCUCGCCCUUUCUUCUGUUACCCCCACAAUGUCUUCGGAAGCAUCGCGACCGAAGUAUGACAGCCUGCCGGGAAUAGACACAGCACCGGACGUUUAUGAAACCCCCGAACUCGCCGAAGAUGUCUCGACAAUACAAGCGUCCACAGCAAUAUCAGAGUCAGAUUACGGAGACUCUGACCCCGACAGCUCUGCUGUAAACCAUCAACGCUUGCAGACAGAUCAGGCGCGCAAUCGUUUUCAACCCUCACGAGUAGAUGCCAAUGGUGUAGACUUCUCCGACAACAUCGCUCAACGGCAAGCAUACCGCACGUACACACAGCAGCGGCGGCGGGGCGAAAUAUUGGGCGAUGACAGCGACGAAGAACAAGAAAGCUUCUCGCGGAAACUCAUAAGGGUGAAGCGCGAACUGCAGGAGCUGGAGGACGAAUAUGAACAGAGGAAGAAAUCUGGAGACAAGACCAAAAUUGAAGAACGAGACGCCAAGGAGGUGAUAGACCUCAUCUCAGACAAGGUCGAUGAAAUAUACGCUAGCCGCAGAGGUGGUGCUCAAAGUGCAGAACCGCUGCUCGACCGGACAAUACAGAGAUUCAACGACUACGAACCCUUUGCGCCGAGCUCGAAGAUCACAGCAGCGAUUGCCAACCAGCCCCCUUUACCAGGCUCGCAGAUUCAGAAGAGCCAACUAAAUCAUGUUCUGGCUCAAGCAGCGGAGUUCGACCAAAGAAUCACGCAAAUGGAGAGCAGCCUCGGGCUUAAUGGCAACACCAUACCGGAGAUGAGCGAGGACACCACAUCCCCUGUCUUCACAACGCUACAAAGACUUGAGCAAACGCUUGGCGCGAUUGGUGACGCCUCGUCAAGCAAUCUCGACGGAGCAUCACAGCAGAUCAAAAAACUGAUAGAGGAGGCCGAGGAUCUCAAGGAGGCUCGAUUAGAAGCGUCGCGCGCCGGCUCAUCCGAAGAAAGCACAACGCCAGACCAGGAAGCCAAGAUCAAUGCACUCUACGGUACUCUGCCCUCAAUUGAUAAGCUCUCGCCCAUUCUGCCUCUUGUCCUAGAGCGCCUUCGCACAUUGCGCCUCGUACACACCAGUGCAUGGCAAGCAGAUGAGGUACUGACCGAGCUGGAGUCGCGGCAGUCUAAGCAGGAAGAGGAGAUAAAGAACUGGGAGAAGCAGUUGGAGCUGGUGGAAGAGGACGUGAAGAAGCACGAGAAGGCCAUGCAGGGCAAUGUCAAAGUGGUAGGCGACGACAUCAAAAUGCUCGAGGAGAAGAUCACAAAGCUGCUGGCCGAGCGAGGAGAGUGAAGCAAGGGUCGCCAACGUGUGCAUUCAGGGAGAUGCAGUAAGAGAUACCCAUUUGCAUUUGAGCAGGUACACGCCAGUUAUACCAGAAAAAAGCAAGAAGCACAAACGCACAAUGAUAACAAAACCAUG